AUGCUCAUGCUAGCCUCGGAAUUACCAUUUGAGAUUCUCACUCUCAUUGCAACUCAUUUGUCUCAAAAAGACAAACUGUGCUGCAUGUCAGUCUGCAGAGCAUGGAACGUACCUUUUCGAGAUGCCCUUUGGGAUACAGUUGACAUUAAUCGGAAAGAGAGGCUCGAGGCAAUUUGCAACCUCUCUACAGUCCAACAGAAUAUCUAUCAAACUCAAGGAAAUCGUGUCCAAGCAUUGAGAUUAAAAAGGCGCAUUGAGACGACUGACCACCAGCUCUGCAUUCUGCAAAGAUUCUUUCAACAAAUAAAGCGACUGAAUAUCGAAUUGAAUGCCCUGACUGUAAAAGAUUUUGGCAGAAUGUCAGAUUGGAGUCUCUGGAGAUCUUUGACAGAUCUAAAGAUGUACAUUCCAAGACUAGACGAUGGCCGAAGAAAAAAGGACUUGGUUGACAUUUUGUCUUGUCUACCUCGCCUAGUACGAUUAGACAUUUCUGAACACUCGCGUUUCUCGGCACAUAGAUAUACAUGGGAUACCCUAGAAUCAAUACAUGCACACUUACCACGACUCAAAUAUCUUCAGCUCUCUCUCCCAUUCGACCCAAUACCCGCAAACGACAUCAAACACAUCAAAUCAAUCACACCCGCAACCAACAUAUCCACCGUCAGACUACUCGGCCACAACGUAAAUCUCGGCUGGCUCUACUAUUUCGCAGUAAAAUAUCCAAAUGUACACACCCUCGAAUCACGUUUACUUCAGAGAGAAGCAAGCUGGACCAGAGAUAUACCCGACAAUGAGACCUUACGUCUCUUGUCAUCCUUUCAACGCCCAUUCCCCCAUCUCAAGGCUGUCACAAUCACCCAGGAAGCAACCCCUGGAUUGCAGCUCGACCUUUUCUUGGAAAUCCUCCAGCGCUUCUUUGGACACCUCAAGUCUAUCAAUUACAAUCUCCACACCACGGGCGGCAGUAGCCUAGACAACGACCAUCCACAAAGUAUAUCCGACAAUCCGAUCCUCCUCUCAUCAUCCGCACUCGAGAAAUUAGUCCUCCAAGUCGGUCCAAUAUCAACCACACCCCAAUUAAGAUCUCCUCUGCGGCUUGGUGUCAAUUCUCGUCUGGUGGAAUUGGAUCUAAACUUCUUUGAUACCUCAAUCCAUCUCGAUUCUGUUCUGAAUGAUUGUGUGUCCCUAAAAAGGAUGAAGCUGAGAUCAGGUGUGAUCACACUGACAGAUCAUUUGGCCGAUCGCCCAUCGUCGUCGUCGUCGUCAUCAUCAUCAGCAUUGUUGUUUGCGCACGGCCUCGAAUCUGUAGAGUUGUGCCGAGCAAAGGUUGAUCCGAAAGUUUUCAACUACCUCUCCUUUCGCUGCAGAUUCCUCAACGAGAUGAUCUUGAAUGAUGUGUCUAUACCUGCGCUUAUUUCAAAAGAAACCGGCAGUUUCUGCCUAGACAUGUCAUACACCCACUUCAAAAACCUAAAGCUCCACGGAGUAGAGUUCUACGCGGUUGACGGAUCCAAUUGGAAUGAAGAACACCCCGACAUUGACCAAAAUAUCUACAUCCUCACCAUUGAUCGCACACACUCUAGUCCAAUAUACCCACACCAGCUUGAUAUCGACCGACAUGAACCUUCAGACAACUAUAGCAGCAACUAUGAUAACAACAAUCAAUACCAGAACCACUUGCCUGUUCAGAAACGACUAUGGUUCCACCAUUGUUGGGGAAAUACAAAGGAUGACCUAAAAAAGGAGGUGUGGGUCCUCGGGUACGCGGAAGCCCAAUUUGCCGAAAAGUACUUUGAAUUAUUUUCGCCUGAAAAAAAAUACAUUCGCCGCACAGCCGAGGAAGCCGCCUUUCACAGCCAGUUGGUGGAAAAACGUUUCUGGAAAGACGAUCUUUUACGAGGGCAUAUUACGUUAAGGUGUGGAUACGUUGGCAAAUAUUCUAUUGACUCUACACCAUUUGACCAUGAUGGCUACAUCACAAAAUCUGGCGUCUAUCUCUUUCUCUCGCUUUGUCUGUACAUUCUUAGUAUAUUUCGUGACAUUAUAUACUAUCAAUAUAUACAACCUUAA